AAAACUUAUGAUAUAUUAAAAGGCACCAUAACUUCACCUGCAAACGCAAAGGACGUCCUACGGUAGAUGUGAAGAAAUAUUUUUACCAAAUGAGGCGGAGCCACCAAUGAGGACUUGAUCUGAUUCCCGAAGGUAAACUGGGCAGAAAAAGCAAUAUUACUAACAGAAGUUAAACAGGGAAAUAUCAUAUUGGGCGAAACACAAAUCGUCAACUUUCUACCUUUCAUUCCCUACAUUUUUUUCAUGCCAAUGAGCGAUAUGGCAAACUCAAAGGACGUCCUGCGGUAGAUGUAAAGAAAUCUUUUCCAAAGAAAGGCAGAGCCACCAACGAGGACUUGAUCUGAUUCCCAAAGGAAAACUGGGCGCAAAAAGCGAUAUUACUAAAAGACGUUUUAAAACAGGGAAAUAACAUACUGGGAGAAACACUCAUCGACAACGUAUGUACUUUGCAUGAUAUAUAUACUCAUGCAUUGGUAAUGUUUCUUUCUCUUUAAUUGUUUUGGGUAGACGGAAAGUGUGGUUUUUCCAAUCUCGGUUUACUUCAAUAUUGAAUAGCUUAGAUGAACAUCCGUUAGUUUUAACGUUGCGAGCUUUUGGCACAUUUAAAUCGCACACUCAAACAAGAUGUUAAUUUUAGACUUCCUGUAUGCAUGAAAAAUUGCUCUCUUGUAAACUGUUAAUUUGACGAAUAAAUCAUGAGGCAGAACCUCGAUCUAACGAAGGGCCAAGGGACUGGCAAAAUGUGUUUGCUAAAACGAGGUUUCGCUGUAUCGAGGUUCUUUUUCAUAUGGUUUACUAUUACUAGGGUAAAGAAAAUCGUUCGUUAUACUGAGAACUUCGUUAUAUCGAGGUUCCACUGUAGUUUUCAGUUAAUCCAAGUAUAGUUGUCAAGACCAGCAGUAUCAUAACUCCCACUAAAGAGCUUUCACCAAAACGGAAAAUACCAUAAUAUUUUGUAAACUGCCGUUUGGGUGGGGCUUUAUGUAAACCUCACUUCUGCGUUAUCCUUUGUUUUCUGUACGAACACAAAUCGUGCAGAGAACAAAAAGUAAUUCAAAAGUUGACUUUAUAUGAAGCACCACCCCAAUAGGAAAUUAAAGAAUAUUUUCCGCUUUAGCUGAUACUUAUUAAAACGUUAAGUCUUUGAAAAGAAUCACCGCACAGCAAAACCUCAAACGAGGAGAGUGGGGUCGGGGGAGGUCCAACCGUCUCCCGUUGGGAAAUGUGGAUUUUCUUGUGCGUCGGCGUGUUAAAUUGACCAGCCUGAAUCAAUUUUAAAUUCAUGAAGAAUGGCACGCGCUUUUAUUUGGGAGUUGUGUAAAGGUAGCCCUCAUAACGUCUUUUCUGAUGAAAGAAAUGGCAAAAAUAAUUUUCAGUGUUUGUACAACCUAACUAUUCAGCUUGAGAUUGAUUCCAAAUGUUGAUCGACCCCUAUAAACCAAGCCUUUUCUUUAUAAGUCAAGCCACUUUUGUACUUAUUUAAUUGCAGAUUAAUCUACACUGCAUAUAUAUGAGCCAUGAGAGCCCACUCUUUACUUGUGAUUGUUCUUUUGGGAAAGGUGUUGUUGGCAUUUGCACUUGAAGUCAAAUACGUUAAAUACUGCGGUGAGUAGACUCUCAUCAAUCCCCUAUUUUUCUGAAAUAAAUUAAAGAUCGUCGAGAUCAAGUGUUAGCUAUAACGGGCCGCCAUCUGUUAUAAGAUCAUUCAAUGAAGCUAAAUUCAACAACUAGUAAAGACUAUUCUGAAAUGUUCGUGUCCUAAGCAAGUCAAAAACACAACGUACGCAGUUCCUCGUUUUCGGGGUGCGCAUGUAAGUCAGUCAGGGUCCCCUAAGGGGGAUCCCCACAGGUUUCAAUGUUACAACACCAUCUUGGUUUCGAAUGCACCGAGAGGCGGCGUCGGGGCUUAUAGCGUCUCUUCCUAAUUCGUUCUCCUGCCCCCAAGGUUAAGCUUUGAUAGUCUUGACGCUAAGAUGACGAUGUUGACCACGAUCUUGGGGAAAUAUAGGAAACUGUAAUCAGUCUGCGCGGUGAAUUAUAGCUUUGAUGCGGCCUUGAAGAAAUGGGCCGAGAUUGUAGUAGCGAAAAAGAUAUACCAAUGAAAAUCAUAGAAGAAAUUAUCCUUUUACAACCAAUAUGAAUGAUAAAGGAGAAUGGUUAGGCCUCUGUGGAUGAUUAACAUAGUGAGUUUAAGAAAAGGUUGACAAACGAAAGGUUUCGAAAGUAACGUUGGCAUUUGAUGCUUGCUAAUAGAACCCUUGAAAAGAUAAGGAAAGCCCUUGCAAAGCAUUCGGUUCCGCACGAAAAGUCCAGAAUAUCUCCGUGAUUCAUGAUCAGUCACCUAUUUACCAGAAUUGCAAAGAGCCAACCGAAACCUACAGUACAGUACAGUAUCGAGAUAUUCUGAGCUGUUUGAUAGGCUUUGUGGGUAAAAGUUUUAAUUUUGAAGCCCGUAAGUAACACAACACCCUAAAGUAACGACUUGAAAGUAGCGACCCAUAAUGACUGCACAUGUAUAUACUGUGAUCUAUCGUCUUUCAGGUCCUGAAGAUAAGACCUUACAUUACAGCAUCCAUCCAUGGCCAGUUCUUAAACCGGGGCAGUACGUACACGUCAACUUCACUUUCACUCCCCGUAAGUAUAUUUGUCAUACCUCUGUUUUCUGCAUUGUUUAUGCUUCCAUGGAAUGGAAAGCGUAAGCGCUAAUUGCGAGGACAUGGGGGCCUAUGAACUGUUAAGAUCGACACAAGGACUGUGACAACGACGAUUCAGAUGAAUUUACACUCAAGCGUCGGUUUCCUUGCAUCUAUGCAAGUUUACUUACAAUCGCCAUCAUAAUAGCUUAGAAGGUUUAAGUAAAGCGGUGUUUUAAUUAGUAUUUCGUGAAGUGUUCGUAAAGCAAAUUUUAGGAAAAAUGGCAACUCAUUUAUGUAACCAUAUAUCACACGGUUUAACUUUGUGCUUUCAGUAGCUAAAGAAGGAAGCUUAGGGCGUAUGGCAGAGAAAAGAAAAAACUAUCAGGCAUGAAGUGGUCAUUUUUGAUGUCUGGUUAGUUUUAGCUUAUUUUAAAUACGCUUUUAGCUUGAUAUGAAUAGAUUAAAGUGUGAUUCAAAGUUAUGCCAGUUUUUAAACUUUGAUGUGUCUAAUUCACAGAAGUGGAUGUGUACUACUCGACGAUUCAUUAUAGAGUUACCACAGAAGAUGGGACAACUAUUCUGAAAGGAACAGAUGAAUUCUGCCACUUGUCGCCCAAGUUUUGCAGUCUACCAGCAGGAGGUUGGUAUUCAUGGGAUCUCAAAUUUUGCCAAAUUUUGCCUUUGGUGAAGGCACACAUUUCUAAACGUUUAUACGGAACGACUGAAAACUACAACUGCCAUCGUUAAAAGAUGUUAUAUGCUGUCAACGACGUUAUGUUAUGUUUUUUAAAAUUUCCUAUUUUUAGCGACAUUUCUAGCCUGAAAAAUAAGCCUUGAUUCUAUGCUUAUGAGUUUAUGGAAGGGGUGGGUGGAGUCAGGCAUCAGAACCAGGAAAAAUAACUCAUCACGGAGUUACAACUCUAUUAAUUUCCAUCAUUUGCAUUUGUUUUGAAAAAAUAUUUAUGUAGGUUUUUGGCCAUCUUACAAUGGCGGUUGCAAAGGAUUAAGUGUGAUCGACCCCGUACGCACAAAAAACAGAAAACGUCCAGUCUUGUUACACGAGACGAUUCGCGACGACGAUUUUUAGCGCAACACAGCGUUGCAUCAUUGUUGCGACAUUGUUUCGAGUUGCUGCAACAUUGUUCCAUUAUUGCAACGCUCUUUUGCGCUAAAAAUCUUCGUUGCGAAUCGAAUCGUUCCGUGUAACAUCACCUUUAAGGUGACGUUACACAACGACGAUUUUAAGCGCAACACAACGUUGCCAUAACACCGCGGCAAAACGCAAUGCGCAUGAGCACAAAAUUUAAUAUCCGGUCAGCUUUUUAUUUCCGGUCUAGUAUAUAAACCAAUGGCGAAAGCAUAACUUUGCCGUCGCGCCAAGUUUAAAAGCAAAAAGGGCGAAACAGACAAAAAAGGGGGCCAAAAAAAUCACUUCAUUCGAAAGCUUAUAUAUUUUUCUAUUCUCAAACUUUUGCACCACAUGGUUAUCUGUUUGCACCAACGGUGAAAAUGAUGUUUGAAGUUUGCAGGUCGCGAGCGCUCGACAAGACGAAUUUGUUUUUACUGGCUUUCUUGCAUGCCACUGGUUUGGCAUAAGUUAAUUUGGGGGCGACCAUGUGCGAGUGAAGACGGAUGUUUCACUCCCGUGAACUUUUUGUCCUUUCUUAAAAAUUUGUAGUCCUUAAACCUAGUCCAUGGCUCAAAGUUGUAAACGGAAAACGAAGGCAAGUGUUAGUAUCAGCUCUGAUAGCGAUAUUUGCUCUCCAGAAGGAAAAAAGGCUUGCAACAGUCCUCGUUCGGAACCGAACAUUGGCGUAGUAUUUAGCGAGGACGAUCAAGUUCUGGAGGCCCUGAACAUGACAGAAAAAAUCGCGACACAAUUGGAACGGAUCUUCGAAAUGCUCGCAGGAGUAGAAAGCAGGUUACAGAAUCUAGAAGGUAUAUUUGAACGCUUCUCCGCUUUGGAGAAGUCGGUUAAUAAGCUCGAAACUGAGCUGAAUAAGACUGGCGAGAAGACAAGAAAAUUGGAAGGCGAAGUUAACGACCUCAGCAAGUCAAUGGAAUUUGCAAACGCCGAAAUUGAAGACCUAAAGAAGAAUGAUAAAGAAAACGAAGUCAAAAUCAAGGAACUUGAGGACAAAAUAUUGUAUCAAGAGGUGUACAACAGGCGAGAAAACCUAAGAUUCUUCGGUUUUCCAGAAUCUGCUGAUGGAGCUGAGAACACGCAUGAAGUUGUACGAAAAUUCCUUAGCGACGAAUUGGAGAUGGAAAACGCAGCAGAUAUUGAAUUCCAGCGAGCUCACAGAAUAGGAAAGAAGAAGACGGGCGAAACUAGACCGGUGAUUGUUCGUUUUUUGAGAUUUCCAGAGCGUGAGCUGGUCUUUCGAAGAGUACGUGAGCUGGCUGAUGAUAUCGACAUUAAGGUCUACGCCGAUUUUCCAAGAGAAAUAAGCGAAAGAAGAAAAAAGCAGUGGCCACGUCUCAAAAAAGCAAGAGAGGAGGGAAAGACUGCUUUCUUUAGCAAACCAGAACCCGAUAAAUUGUUUAUCGAUGGACGAUUUGUUCCCUUAUAGACAAAUCUAGGGUUUUUUUUGGACUAAGUUUAUUUUAUUUGACUUUGUUUAUGCUUUUCAUCAGUUUUUGUAACGGGAGUGGCAUGUGUAGUUGAAACGAUUGUCCCAAGCUCUGUGGCAGCGUCUUAUAGGUAAUAAUUACCUCGCCGCCUUUUUUCGCUCUUUCUUAAAACUUCGUUGUGUAAUGUAUUCUUUGUUUGUUUGUUUUUCUUUGUUUUAUUUGUCCUUUUGUUAUUUCCUUUGUUGUUUUUUGUUUUGUGAGUAUUUGUGCGUUUUGUGUGUAUUGUCUACCUACGUGCUGUGUGUUUUUGCACCUCAGUUGCCACCUCUUUUCAAUUUUUUGUACCACUGCGGUGAAAAUUACUUGUAUGCGCAUAAUUUAUUUUCUCUUCCUGAUCCCAUUCAUGAAAGAACUUUUUGAUUUUAAAUUACUUUCUCUUAAUGUGCGAGGGAUUCGAGCCGCCACGAAAAGGAAAGCCCUUUUUACCUGGCUAAAUGAACGGAGGUAUGAUAUUAUCUUCCUUCAAGAGACCUAUAGCACUGUUGACGUUGAAGACAUUUGGAGAACACAAUGGAGAGGUAAGCUCUUUUUUGCUCACGGCUCUAAUCAUAGUUGUGGAGUGAUGAUUCUAGUGAGAAGUGACUUAGAUUUUAAUCCAAGAACUAUUAGUUGUGAUGACGAAGGCCGCUCCAUUAUAAUUGAAGCUGAGGUCCAAGGUUCGCCAUUUUUGUUUGUAAAUAUUUAUGCUCCAAACAAGGUUCAAGACCAAUGCCGUUUUUUUGAUAAGUUAAACAAAAAUAUUGAAGACUGCGUCGUUAAUGAAGAGCUUAGAAUUAUUCUCGGGGGAGACUUUAAUGUAACACUCGACUCUGAUCUUGACUGUUCCGGUGGUAGACCUUUCAGAAAAGAUUCUGUAAAACACAUACAAGACUUAUGCCUGGAUUUUGAUUUGGUUGACAUUUGGCGCAUACGAAAUCCGGACUCUAAACGCUUUACGUGGCGUCAAAGAAAUCCUUUCAUUCAAAGAAGACUUGAUUAUUGGCUGAUUAGCGAUGUAUGCCAAGACGACAUUGAGAAGUCCGAUAUCAUUCCUUCGAUAAAUUCAGACCAUUCGGCAAUUUUUCUCCAUCUUAAUAGCAUAGACAAACCAAAACACGGCCCCUCUUUCUGAAGUUUAAUGCUAGUCUUGUAAAUGACGACGACUUUGUUGCACUGAUAAAUGAAAGUAUGCCUUUGUGGUUAGAGGAGUUCAAAGACGUUAUAGAUAAAAGGCUGUUGUGGGAUUUAAUUAAGUACAGGAUUAGACAAAUUACAAUAAAGUAUAGCAAAGAAAAAGCACGUGAAAGGAGAAGAAAGAUCUCUGAUAUUGAGGCUUCUUUGAAGAUUUCGGAAGAGAGAUGCGGUAGUUCACCAACUCCUGAGAACCAGGAAGAGUUUGAAUUGUUAAAAAUGGAAUAUGAUUCUAUCUAUGAGCAGAUAGCAAAAGGUGCUAUAAUCCGAUCGAAAGCCACUUGGUAUGAAAAAAGAGAAAAAGCAAUAAGUUCUUUUAAACCUUGAAACACAUAAGAAAGCUAAGAGUUCUGUCCGUAAGGUUUUUGACGAUAAUGGAGUUCUAAUCACGGAUCCUAAAAAAAUAUUGCAAGAAAUUCAAAAUUUUAUUCUAAUCUUUGUGAGCGUGACCCUCUUAGCCCAUCUGAACACACGUUAAACUCUUUUUUAAACAAUCCUGAAAUGCCAAAACUCUCUGAUACUGAUGUUCAAAUUUGCGAGGGAAAAUUAACGGUUGAAGAGUGUUACAAAAGUCUUCAGUUGUUUGAAAGUAACAAGUCACCAGGCAAUGACGGACUAACAGUCGAAUUUUACAGGGCUUUUUGGGGCCUCUUAGGACAGCUAUUAGUAGACAGCUUAAACUACUCUUAUGAUCAUGGUGAGCUCUCAAACUCUCAGAAAGAAGCCAUUAUUACCCUAAUAGAAAAGAAGGACAAAGACAAAAGGGACCUAUCAAACUGGAGACCGAUUUCGCUUAUUAAUGUUGAUGUUAAAAUCGGCUUAAAAGCCAUUGCCAAGAGAUUGGAGAAUGUUUUACCAAACAUCAUACAUUUCAAUCAAUCUGCAUAUGUAAAGGGUAGAACCAUUUUCGACGCGGUCAGAACCAUAGAGGACGUUAUGGAAUUCUCAAAGAGAUACAGUAUUGACGGAAGAAUGGUUUGUAUAGAUUUUAAAAAAGCUUUUGACACAGUUAGUAGGGACUUCUUAUUUCGAACGUUAUCCGUUUUUGGUUUUGGACCAUCUUUUAUUCAAUGGAUCCACACUUUUUACAAGAAUGUCUCGAGUUGUGUCUUGAAUAAUGGCUUUGCAACUUCAUCCUUUGCAGUUGAAAGAGGAGUAAGACAGGGAGAUCCUCUCUCUGCUUACUUAUUUAUUAUAGCAUUAGAAGUUUUAUGUGUUAACAUACGUAACAGUAAUGACAUUCGUGGUAUUAAAGUCGAUAAAGAAGAGAUCAAAUUAAGUCUUUUCGCAGAUGACCUGACUGGGUUUUUAAAGGAUGACCUCUCUCUAACAAACUUUCUUAAACUUAUAGAAGAUUAUGGAACUUGCUCUGGCCUAAAGGUUAACCACGAAAAGACAGAGCUUUUGUUACUGGGUAACCUGGCCUGUACCGUACAAGAAGCCACUCUGAACAACAUAAAAAUUAAACGAUCAGCUAAAAUCUUAGGAGUACAUUUUACCUAUGACAUUCAAGCAAAACAAAAGCUAAACAUCAAUGAAUUAAUCAGCUCCAUCCAACUUAAGCUACGAAUCUGGAGGUGGAGGGAUUUGACUAUCAUAGGGAGAAUUCAAAUUGUCAAAACCUUUAUUAUCCCUAUCUUCUUAUAUCGCACGAGCUUGAUAUCAUUGGAUAAAGAAUUUGUGAAAGAAGCGAACAAAAUUAUCUUUGAUUUUAUAUGGAAAGGAAAGGAUAAAGUUAAACGCUCUGCACUUAUCAGUGAUAUCGAAGAUGGAGGACUUAAAGCCCCACAUUUAAACUCCAUAAUUGAAACACAAAGAAUACUUUGCUGCAAGAAAUUGGCAAAUGAUCAACCGAGUGGAUGGAAAAUAAUCUUUUUGCAUUAUCUGAAACCUGUUGGUGGUAAAUUAGUCUUAUGUUGCGACUUUGAUUUGAAGAAAUUGACUAUCAAAUUACCAGCCUUUUAUGAAGAAUGCUUAAAAUCUUUUGCAAAGUGCUCUGCGGUAAAUAAUUUAAAUAUACAGGAUUUAAAUGGAAAAGACUUGUCAAUAGUUAUCUUAUGGAACAACAAAUUUAUUUGUGUUGGUGACAAGUCUGUGUAUUUUCGAAAUCUCGCUGAGAAAGGGAUCUUUCGAGUGGGUGAUUUAAUCUCGAAUAAACAUGAACUUAUAAUCAAAAGCGAGUUGAGAGUCUUGAACCUUUCGCCGCUGGAUGCUUUUAGGCUUGUCUCUUUAAUAGACGCUCUACCAACUCAAUGGCGUGAAUCGUUGAAAUCCUGCAUCUAUACAGGUGACACACCAUUCAAUUUGCGUGAUGAGAUUAAGUUACGCUUAAGUGGUCAAAUUGUUUUACUUGAAAAAGCGUAUUCGAAGAUUGUCUAUAAAGAACUUCGAAACAGAAUCGUCACUCCACCAACUGCUAAACUAAAGUUUGAUGUUAAUUUUGUCAAUGAUACUUUGAACUGGAAAACGAUCUAUAGCUUGCCAUAUCGUGUUGCCUUAGAUACAAAGACUCGCGAAUUUCAGUAUAAAUUAUUAAACAGAUGCCUUGUGACAAAUACCUUCUUAUGCAAAAUUGGUAUUAUACCAUCUCCAGCGUGCUCCUUGUGUGGUGAAUCGGACGAAUCCCUCGAACAUCUCUUCCUGUCUUGUCAUUAUACUGAGAAUUUCUGGUCUGAGGUUAUAAAAUGGCUUGUUGAUCAUAAAGUCAAGAUUGAAAAUCUUUCAGACAAAGAUAUACUGUUUGGUAUUAUUGGGUGUGAGGAUGAGAUAUUUGUGAAUCAUAUUUUAUUACUGGCAAAACAAUAUCUAUACUCUUGUAGACAGAACAAAUAUCCUCCCUCCAUCAGAGUUCUUCAUUCCAAAAUUAAUACUGUCUUCUUAAUAGAGACAAUGAUCGCUGAGUCAAACAAUAAGUUGGAGACCCACAAUAUGAAAUGGGCAAAUAUAAAACUGAUUAGCAUACGAUCUCUUCUCCGCUUACUUUAUUUAUUAUUAAUCUUUAUUAUUUAUUUAUUUUAUUUUACUUUUUUUUUUCAUGUAAAUAGAAAAGAAGGUACUGGGUUUUUGUUUCGUUUGUUUUCUUUUUUGUAAGUAUGUAAUUGUGUGUUAGUCUGCGAUGUAUAAUGUUUAGUUUUCCUUUCCGUUUUUUGUAUCUUUUCUUUACGUGUUCCGUGUUCAUAAGUCAGAAUGUAAAAAAAAUGUAAAACAUUUUAAAACAAAAAAUUCAUUAAAAUACAAAAAAAAAAAAAAAAGUUAAUUUGGGAGAAGGCGACAACUAAGAAAAGAAUAACAAUACUUAUGAAAGAAACCAAAAUAAAGACGUCAUCAUUAUCAUAAAAACACUAAAACCAGGAAAUAAAAUUUUAGUCCGUUCAAUAAUUUGUUUUAUUAUCAGAGAAAACAAGAACUCAAAACAAAAGAUGGGCGGGAUUUAAUAACAACUUUGACUUUGAUGACUGCAGUCACCGGGAAACUAAACAUGCCUAUAAAUGACUUUCAUUCAAGAAAAUGCCUAUUUAAUUCUUUUACAUGGUUGUUCUUUUGUUGACGACUUCAAUAAUUUCAGACUGUGCGGCUCGGCUGCAUCUCGUGCAAACACGAAACUUCUAGCUGCUAAAUACAUGGCAUGAAAAGUUCGACUUCUAAAAGCCACUGAACCAGCUUUCGCUCUCUGAUUCUGAGAAUGGAAAAAUCAAUAAAUAGAGUUGUCAACUUGCUGCCAACCGGCUCAACAGUAUAAUUAAGCUUAUGUUUCAUGGCAAUCAACCCAGAAGAGUUUCGUUUUAAAACACAGUAAAACCCACUGGUAAACAAAACUACAAAGCGAUUGUGUGUUGUCGUUUUCCAAAUAAAGUUUGAAUCGGCUUUAACACAUGUAGACUGAGAAACUGAAGAACUGAAAAUUAGAACUACAAUACACAAGCUUGCAAUGAUAACGUUUUAAUUUUAUGUCUUAGUUUCAGCCAGGUUAAGUGAAAAAUAACAGUCAAAAACUUUAAUUUUGUGAAUGAAAAUCAGUUUACCUGACGCUCUAGCCAAAAUUACACACUGAGUUAUGAUCUUACCUUUUCUGAAUCUAAUCGACUAAUUGUUUCAGUGAUCUGUGCCUGGUUAUCCAUAAAAGCAAUUUCAAUAACUACAAAAUAGUCAAAAACACGAGCAGCAUAAAGCAGAACAACUGAGCCACAAGCUGCACACAGAAUGAAGCGGAGAGCGCGCGGGAGACUUUGAUCUGACUGGAAAGUGUGACUGAAAAAGAGACCGGAAAUGCUCAAACUGGCGCAUGCGUAGACGUUUUGCCGCGGUGUUCGUUGCCAUGCUAUAGCAAUGUUGUAACCAUUCGAAACAAUGUCGCAACAUUAUGUUGCAGUGCUGCGUUGCAGUAAAAAUCGUCUUUGCGAAUCGUCUCGUGUAACAUUACCUUUAGCAUUACGCGAUUUUAUAUUUUGUUUGAGUAAACUUUAGAUACUAACGAGAGAAAAUAAAGUUAAAAUUGAUAGAAAAACUUGCUGUGAGUCUAUUUUUUUCCUUUUUUUCAUUUCAGACACAGUCUCAAGGACAGCCAAGCAAAGAGUUAGAAAUAUUCCUUUCGGAUUUAAGGUGAUUAACAGUUGUGCAUGCAUGUAACUGGCUUUGUAUUUAGGAAAGAUUCCUCAAAAGACCUUUUAGCCUUCUCCAAACCGUGACAUGAAUGUGUUCAUUGUUAAGAAAACAAUGAAAAAUACACAUUUGUUGUUCAAUAGCUCUUUCAAAAUAUCUCUUUUCUUUUUCAUUUGUCAGAAUUGUAAUUUUUAGCAUACAUUUGUAGACAAACGGUGUAACUGUACAUUAAUUUGUAGGUUUUGGCUACUGACACGAAAAGGUACAAGAUUUUUGUUCAUCAAAAUAAACACAUGACAAUUACGUGUUUCCUCCUCGAUCAAUGAACCAGAGACAGCUAUGAGGCAUUUGCCAAGAUAUUAACCUGUGAACAGGCUCUCUGUUUGGGGAAAGGGUGAAAAAACUGCCAGGGGAGGGAAGGCAAAUUUUUUUCACCCUUUCCCCAAAUAGAGAGCCUGUUCGCAAGCUACUAAGAUAUUCCCCAACGUGUUAUACUAUUAGGUGUUAAGCUAUGCCCAUGUUGCCACUCUCACCCUAAAUUUUAAAUAAUUUAUAUAUUUGUUGGCGCCACUGUCGCACCGGUAUUGAGGGCCGUUUUUCCCUCGGCGGACUGUAAUUCCAUGAGAAUUCAGUUAAUUUAGGCCAAUGGAAUGUCCUUAACGCAUCAUCGCUGCCGCCAUCUUGAAUCAUGCUUAGCAUCUUGCUUCUGUGUGCGACGUCAUUUUCUUAAGGUGAAAUUGGUCAGGGAAGCUAUGAAAGAAUGUUCUUCUUAUUCGUGAAAAAGAACCUCCUUUCUGGAAUGGCCUCGGUCUUUUAAAUAAUACUAAAAACGACGUUAUUAAAAAUGCUUUCUGUAUUUUAACAUAUUUUCAAAUGAUAUGUUUCAGGGGACAUUCAAGGGGAAAGCUGAAUUGUAUAAUCAAGACCUCGUGAUGUGGAUGUGUUUUGAAGGCGAAGUCCAACUCUAAAUUUCAAGCAAAAGGGCUUGAAAUAUGAUGCGAUGUCUUCUUAGUGUUGAUUUUUGUCAAUUUUGUAUUGUGCAUUCAAACUCAUGCCCAUUUCAAUAUUGACUUAACAUAGCCCCACCCCGACUUACGGUAUUUUGUACUACUUUCGCCUGUUGUUGAAUUUUUUUAUUCUUUCCAGUUAACUAAAUAGACAAU